AUGGCCGACAUAAAAAUAAAAUUGGAUAAUGAUGUUUUAACGAUAGAAGACGUUAAUGAAAUUUUUAGAAAUGUUUUAAAAACAGAUAAUUUUACAAUUGAUUCGGCAAUAGUCGUUCCAGCAUCAGAAGAUACACUGGGAUUUCUCGGCGAACAUUACAAAGCCAUUUUUUCGAUAAAAAUAUCAAACGAAAUAAAAAAUUUUGAAUAUUUCGUUAAAAAAAUACCUAAAAAAGUUCCUCAACAUUACGAAUACGCAAGGAAAACGAGAGCUUUUUUCAAAGAAAUUCAAAUAUACAAAACUUUAUUUAGAGAUUUCAAAUCAGGACAAGGUGAUGAUGAUGAUAAUAAUAAAACAAAAUGGCAUCCGGAUUACGUUUAUUCGAAAGGUGAAGAUGUUCUGGUAUUAGAAAAUUUAACGAAUUUAAAUUAUUACAUGUAUCCAGAACGUUCUUACAUGGAUGAAGAACAUUUUAAUGCAACUAUAAAAGCUUUGGCUGCCAUGCAUGCAUCAUCGAUAGCAUUUGAAAAAAAAUUCAACGAAGGAAAAAUAAAAAAAUCAAUGUCACCAAAUUUAAAUAAAUUCAAAUCAAAUGAAAAUAAUAUGGCAGGAAUAACCAUUGGGGAAUUAUAUUCUCAUUUAACAUUUGAAACGGAAGCAUCAGAUGAAAAGGGACAUCCUGGAAAUACAUUUCACGAAACUGGAAUUAAAAGUCAAUUAAAAAUUAUUGAUUUACUUCCUGGAUAUACUCAAGAAGAAAAAAUGAUAAUCCAUGAUAAACUUCCUGAUGUUAUGAGAAAAAUUUAUCAACUUGUUAAACCAUCCAAAAGAUUUAAAAACGUUUUCGUUCAUGGAGAUUUAUGGUCAAAUAACGUUUUGUUUAAAAAAGAUGAUAAAACUGGAAAAGUUAAAAAUGGUCUCAUAAUUGAUUUUCAAUUAGCACGUUAUGCACCUCCGGCUCACGAUUUACUCAUGUUUAUGCAUUUCGUUUUGGAAAAAUCAUACAUGGAUAAAAAUCAAGAGAAAAUAUAUAAAUUUUAUUACGAAUCUUUCAUACGAGAACUCGAUAGGAAUUCGAUCGAUCAUGGUCGAUCGAUAAUAACGUGGGAAAAUUUUUUAGAAAGUUGUCAUUUUUACUACGAUCUCGAAAUAGAGUCACACAAUCAAUGA